CGCGUCUGUGCUGUGCCGGGGCCGGCGAGCCAAAGAGGAGCCGGCCGCGCGGGCCGGGAGGGACGGCGCCGCAGCCGCGAGGCCAAGUGUUGCCUGGUUGGGCCCGGAAAUGGGACGUCGAGCCUCCUUGGGGAGCAUAGACGCAGCCAGGGCCCCUGCACGCCGCUGCUGCUGUGGCAGGAAGUGAGCCAGCUGCCGAAGGAUGUCCACCACGGCGGUCGCCCCCGCGGGGAUCCCAGCGGCCCCGGGCCCUGUGAACCCCCCCCCGCCAGAGGUCUCCAACCCCAGCAAGCCGGGCCGCAAGACCAACCAGCUGCAGUACAUGCAGAACGUGGUGGUCAAGACGCUCUGGAAGCACCAGUUUGCCUGGCCCUUCUACCAGCCCGUGGACGCCAUCAAGCUGAACCUGCCGGACUAUCACAAGAUCAUCAAGAACCCGAUGGACAUGGGCACCAUCAGGAAGAGGCUGGAGAACAACUACUACUGGAGCGCCAGCGAGUGCAUGCAGGACUUCAACACCAUGUUCACCAACUGCUACAUCUACAACAAGCCCACAGAUGACAUAGUGCUGAUGGCCCAAGCCUUAGAGAAAAUCUUUCUCCAGAAGGUGGCCCAGAUGCCCCAGGAGGAGGUCGAGCUACUGCCCCCCGCCCCCAAGGGCAAAGGCCGGAAGCCCGCUGCGGGAGCCCCGAGCGCAGGUACGCACCAGGUGGCGGCCGUGUCCUCCGUCUCCCCGGCAGCCCCCUUCCAGAACGUGCCCCCCACCGUCUCCCAGACGCCCGUCAUUGCCGCCACCCCCGUCCCAACCAUCACAGCGAACGUCACGUCGGUCCCCGUCCCCCCGGCUGCCGCCCCCCCUCCUCCCGCGACACCCAUCGUCCCCGUGGUCCCUCCCACACCGCCUGUCGUCAAGAAGAAGGGCGUGAAGCGGAAAGCAGACACGACCACGCCCACGACCUCGGCCAUCACCGCCAGCCGGAGCGAGUCGCCCCCGCCGCUGUCCGACCCCAAGCAGGCCAAGGUGGUGGGGCGGCGGGAGAGUGGGGGCCGCCCCAUCAAGCCGCCCAGGAAGGACCUGGAGGACGGCGAGGUGCCGCAGCACGCCGGCAAGCGGGGCAAGCUGUCCGAGCACCUGCGCCACUGCGACAGCAUCCUGAAGGAGAUGCUGUCCAAGAAGCACGCGGCCUACGCCUGGCCCUUCUACAAGCCCGUGGACGCCGAGGCGCUGGAGCUGCACGACUACCACGACAUCAUCAAGCACCCCAUGGACCUCAGCACCGUCAAAAGGAAGAUGGACAGCCGCGAGUACCCGGACGCACAGGGCUUCGCCGCUGAUGUCCGCUUGAUGUUCUCCAACUGUUACAAGUACAACCCUCCGGACCACGAGGUGGUGGCCAUGGCCAGGAAGCUGCAGGACGUCUUCGAGAUGAGGUUUGCCAAGAUGCCGGAUGAGCCCUCCGAGACACCGGCGCUGCCGGCCCCCGCGGCGCCCGUGGUGAGCAAGGGCGCCGAGAGCAGCCGCAGCAGCGAGGAGAGCUCCUCGGACUCGGGCAGCUCGGACUCCGAGGAGGAGCGGGCCACCAGGCUGGCCGAGCUGCAGGAGCAGCUGAAGGCCGUGCACGAGCAGCUGGCCGCCCUGUCUCAGGCGCCGGUGAACAAACCAAAGAAGAAGAAGGAGAAGAAGGAGAGGGAGAAGAGGAGGAAGGACAAGGACAAGCACAGGGCCAAGGCCGAGGAGGACAAGAAGGCCAAGGCGGCGCCGCCCGCCAAGCAGGCCCCGCAGAAGAAGGCGCCCGCCAAGAAGGCCAACAGCACCACGGCGGCCGGCAGACAGCCGAAGAAAGGCAGCAAGCAGGCGUCGGCGUCCUACGACUCGGAGGAGGAGGAGGAGGGCCUGCCCAUGAGCUACGACGAGAAGCGGCAGCUGAGCCUGGACAUCAACCGACUGCCGGGCGAGAAGCUGGGCCGCGUGGUGCACAUCAUCCAGUCCCGGGAGCCCUCGCUGCGCGACUCCAACCCCGACGAGAUCGAGAUCGACUUCGAGACGCUGAAGCCCACCACGCUGCGGGAGCUGGAGCGCUACGUGAAGUCCUGCCUGCAGCGGAAGCAGCGGAAGCCGCUGUCAGGCAGCGGGAAGAAGCAGGCGGCCAAGUCCAAGGAGGAGCUGGCUCAGGAGAAGGAGAGGGAGCUGGAGCGGCGGCUGCAGGACGUGCGCGGGCAGCUGAGCGGCGGCAAGAAGCCGGCCAGGAAAGAGAAGUCCGGCUCGGCGCCCCCGGGGGGCCCCUCCCGGCUGAGCAGCAGCAGCUCCUCGGAGUCGGGGAGCAGCAGUUCCAGCGGCUCGAGCUCCGACAGCAGCGACUCGGAGUGAGGACGCCGCCCUCCCGAGACCCCGCCCGCCCCCUCUGUGGUUAAUAUACUACUUCUGUUCACGGCGUGCAGGCUUGAUUCUCAGUGUUACCGUAUCUUCCAGUCCCGCGUGAACAGGCCCGAGGGCGCUCCCGGGGAGCCCCGGCUCCAUGGGAGGCGUGAACUCUGCACGGGACCGCGUGGAGAGGACGCCUGCCGCCGCCGCCCUGUAACCAUAGACAGGCGGAGGACCCCGCGCCCCGCCGCCGGGAGCUCACGCCGGGCGCCGUGGCUGCGUUUGGAAGCUGUUGGCUUUGCAAACCGGUGCUGUCUCUGCCGCGCGGGCCGGGCGCGGGCCCCCUGUCGGCCGCCGCCAGCCGUCCAUGCGGCCGAGGAGGACAGGUGCACCUGCUCCUGAGACGCCGGCCCCGCCCCGAGCAGCGAGGGCGGGGCGGCUGCGUGCGCGGCGAGCGUGCGGGUUUCCAGACACUGAAACUUUUUACCUCAACUUAAAGAAGAUUUAAGAGAAAAAAAGAAAAAAGACUUUUUUUGUAAAGUUCAGCAAUUUUCUACACAAGUCCAGCCCCGUCGUGUCCCCCGCUGGUCAGCUCGCUGCCGCCGCCGGAGCCGCGUCCCCGGCUUAUGUAUAUAGAAAUACUUUAUUUAUUAACAUCAUUGGUCAUUUUUAAAAAAGAAAAAAAGAAAAAAAAAAAGAAACGCACGCGCCAGGAAGGCGUGGGGGCCGCGGGCCUGGCGGGGCGGCGGGGGCCGGCGGGGCCCCCUCCAGGUGCUAAUGCCUGCUCCGGCCCGCCGGCUCCGCCUCGCGGCUCGGCCCUGGUGGGCCUGGGCGGCGCGGAGCUACAGCACAUUCUGGUUUUUUAUUUUUUGUCUUUUGUAUUCCCUCCUGGUCUCCCCGGGUCUGUUUUUCAAGGAAAUCAGUUUAGGGCACCCCCUCCUCCCCCACCCCCAGUUAUAUAAACUUUGUAAUCUGAGAGAGAAAAAAUGUAUAGUAAAGCUACGUCUCGAUUUGUGACUUGCGAUUGUAAAGAUAAUAAUAAUAAUAAUAUACAGAGUUUAACGGAAGGCGACGCUUGGUCCUGUUUCUCCCGAGGCCGCCCCGCCGGCCUGGCCGCCCUGGUCAAGGGCCCCUCCCUGUGCGUGGGAGCCCCCCCCACUCGUGAUGGGCGGAGCGGAAGUGGGUGGCACCUCCGGGGGGGCUGCAGGGUCCCCGUCGGCGCGGGACACCUGUGAGUUGUUUGGAAGGAGAAUGUAAGUGGAUUUCACAAGUCCCCGGUUUUUCAAGUUACCCUUGGUUCUCAAAGGUAUUUUCUGAGCAGAUCUGGAUGGCGACGUAGCUGUGACCGAGGACUCGCGCAGGCCAGGAGGGGUCUGGGAGGUGCCCCCCCCUUCCCCCCCCCGGCCGAGGUCCCUGGUGCUGCACAGUUGCCGAGGCCGGCCGAGCGGCGGGGCGGGGCCGGCGGUGUGUGUUGGUUCCUUGGCCGGGACUGGGGGGUUCCCGGCGCUCCCGGGAGUCUGUUUUGUAUCGAAGAUGUUCCUUUCUGUACGGCGUGCAUGCAAGCUGACCUGCCCUGAAGCCCCGUGUCCCCUGUACCGCCCCGGCCGCGGCCGCCCAGCUGUAGCGCGUCCUCGGCACGCCGGCCGCGACCGUCGGGCGAGUGCUGGGGCGGUUCUUUGAUGUUUCUGCUAAUCCUGACCCUUCUGGGCGUUUGUUUGG